CUGUACUAUUGUUUGCUAUAGUGUCUACCCGUGAGUGUGUUUCGCGGAAAACGCAGGAAAACACAAUUCUGACAAGCAGUCGGGAGUGUCCGUCCAGCGUAGGAGUUUUUCAGGCGUGACGACGCGAACGCUUUCUCCCCAAAACACCCCAAUUUCCAUUGUUUUGUUCCGCGUUGUGCAACGUUGCACGCGCACUCGAGCGCACUCGUAGCGAAGCUGUCAUCGUGGUUGCUUGUCAUUAAUAUGUGACUGCAGUGGAAUUUUCAGAAGACUUUCACAAGCUCUUGGCAAGAUUUGGAUCAGGUCUGUGAUCGCUUCAACAUAUCCAUCACGAAGCAACGCAUCAUGACCAAUCCUUGUCUUGAUGCUGACAUGCCGCUUGGAAUAGAUGAAGCGUGUUUUAGUGUCGUGAAUGACUAUGACAGAAAUGCCACGUUGUAUUCCUAUUUUGAAGAUUGUUACUUAUGCAGGGGUGUACCACAAGCUAUCUUGCCUUCAAGAAGUAACACCACAUUAGUCAUAUCUACAAAGUAUCCCUUGCACAUAUUUUACAUGCUGUCAUAUGACUAUUGUCACACGACAUACAAUUUCAAGGAACACGGGAGCUAUGGAUGGAACAUUUCCGAGGAGCACGUGUGCUCGAAGAUUUAUACGCUUCGCGAGCCGGUAAACAGUUAUCUUCCAAUAUUUGUAACCUUCAUGGUGUGCCUCCUGUUGAUGAUUCUGUUUGCAACUGCGAAAUUUAUUAUACGCGUGGUGAGAAGAAAAUUGUCGCCGGAUAGUGUUCACGACGACUUGAGCAGGCUUCAAGAAACGGAGACGACAAAUCCAGUGAUCAGAACAACCAGGUCCAGCACUAGGAUCCACUCGGUCGAUACGUUUCGAGGGAUCGCUAUACUAUUGAUGAUAUUUGUCAAUAAUGGCGGUGGCAACUACGUGUUUUUCAAUCACACCGCUUGGAACGGCCUGACGGUGGCAGAUUUAGUGUUGCCUUGGUUCGCGUGGAUAAUGGGAUUAUCGAUCACCAUAUCAAAACGGUCAGAGCUGCGCGUCUCGAGCUCGCGGUGGAAAAUUAUCUUGCGUUGCCUCCAGCGCGCCGUCAUUCUCGUGCUCUUCGGGCUGAUAUUAAAUUCGAUUUACACGAAGAGCCUUACGUUAAAGGACCUGCGAUUCCCGGGGGUUCUUCAGCUGCUGGCCGUCUCGUACUUUAUAUGCGCCACGAUCGAGACCAUGUUCAUGAAGGCGCACUCUCAGGAUGACUCGUUGCAGUUCGGUCGGUUUACGAUUCUACGGGACAUCGUGGACAAUUGGGCGCAAUGGUUGAUUAUUCUGGCGAUUGUGACGACGCACACUCUGAUCACGUUUCUCUUACCGGUCCCGAACUGUCCAACGGGAUACCUCGGACCUGGAGGAUAUCACAAAUCUGGGAAAUUCGUCAACUGUACGGGAGGCGCGGCUGGUUACAUAGACAGACUCGUUUUUGGAGAUCACGUAUACUCUAAAACACAAAAUCCCGUAUAUGGUACCAUUUUACCUCACGAUCCGGAAGGCAUAAUGAAUACCAUGUCUAUAAUAUUGGUUGUGUACAUGGGCGUUCAUGCUGGCAAGAUAUUGCUGCUCUAUUACCAGUGCAACGCGAAAGUAAUUCGCUGGUUGCUGUGGUCGGGCGUUACGGGUAUUGUUGCUGGAUUGUUAUGUCACUUCGACAAAGAGACUGGAGUGAUACCAGUCAGCAAGAAAAUGAUGUCGCUCUCCUUUGUCUUGACCGUAUCCUGUUUCGCAUUCUUGCUCUUUGCCGUCCUGCAUUUCCUUGUCGAUUACAAGCAAUACUGGAGCGGAGCGCCGUUCGUCUAUGCAGGAUUGAAUCCAAUUACCCUUUACAUCGGUCAUACUAUUACCGCGGGCUUAUUUCCAUGGGCUUGGAAGCUUGCGUAUCCUACACAUUGGUCAGUCCUCACUAUGAAUUUGUGGACAACAAUAUUGUGGGGCAUUAUCGCAUAUUGGCUUUACUUGAAGGAUAUUAUUAUAUCUAUUUAAGGUUGUCAAAAAUAACACAGUAUCAUUAACCCCUCGCCGUGUAAUGACGAGUGAGACUUGUAGUACGGAAUCCGGGCCAAACAUGAAAAUCACGAGUCAGACUCGUAGCGAUUACGGGCCAAACAUAAACACACAUAAACAAAACAAAAGAUUAUGUAAAAA